CCUCUCCCACUCUCCCCAUUCGCUUUCCUCUUCCAUCGUCAGAAUCAAAUUCGACGGCCGGCGGAUCAACGAAUCAAUAUCCUAAAUUCUGCCGGAGUUAGGAUUCGUUCUCUCUUCUGCUCCCUGAAUUCUGAUUUCUGAAGCUUUUUCUUUGGGAUAGAGGAGGAGGAGGAGGUUGUGAACAAUGUCCGAUGCGUUCUGCUCCGACUGCAAGCGUCAGACGGAGGUUGUCUUCGAUCACUCUCCCGGAGACACCAUGCGCUCUGAGUGCGGCCUUGUGCUCGAGUCGCACUCCAUCGAUGAGACCUCCGAGUGGAGGACUUUUGCCAAUGAGUCUGGGGAUAACGACCCGGUUCGUGUUGGUGGACCGUCCAACCCGCUUUUGGCUGACGGUGGCCUUUCCACGGUGAUUGCCAAGCCUAAUGGUACGGCCGGGGAGUUCUUGUCCUCGUCAUUAGGUCGGUGGCAGAAUCGUGGGUCUAAUCCAGAUCGAGGGUUGAUUCUUGCAUUCAAGACAAUUGCUACUAUGUCUGAUAGGUUGGGCCUUGUUGCAACCAUUAAGGAUCGGGCGAAUGAGAUAUAUAAAAGAGUUGAAGAUCAAAAGUCUAGUAGAGGAAGAAAUCAAGAUGCUUUAUUGGCUGCUUGCUUAUACAUUGCUUGUCGACAAGAAGACAAACCCCGCACAGUUAAGGAAAUUUGCUCUGUUGCUAAUGGGGCAACAAAGAAGGAGAUUGGCCGAGCAAAAGAAUACAUCGUGAAACAGUUGGGGUUGGAGACGGGUCAGUCUGUGGAGAUGGGAACGAUACAUGCUGGAAACUUUAUGAGGCGUUUUUGUUCUAAUCUUGGCAUGAAUAAUCAAGCUGUUAAAGCUGCCCAAGAAGCUGUACAGAAAUCUGAAGAGUUCGAUAUUAGGAGAAGCCCAAUAUCCAUUGCUGCAGCAGUUAUUUACAUUAUUACUCAGCUUUCAGAUGAUAAGAAGCCUCUAAAAGACAUAUCGGUAGCUACCGGUGUUGCGGAAGGGACGAUCAGAAACUCGUAUAAAGAUCUGUACCCGCAUGUUUCGAAGAUAAUACCGGGGUGGUAUGCUAAAGAGGAGGAUCUUAAGAACCUGUGCAGUCCUUGAAAUGUAACUGAAGUUGGAAUUAGUUUUUUUGAGGCUUGUGUAUUUAAACUCUUUGAGAUUACAAAGAGAGGUAGAAUGAAAAUGUCCCCCUUCCCUGCU